AUGCUCGGCUUCGUGUGCUUCCUCUGUCCGGGGAUGUACAACGCCCUCACCGGCCUGGGAGGCGGAGGGCAAGUCAACGCGACAGUCUCUGCAAACUCGAACUCCGCGUUGUACGCGACGUAUGCGUUCUUCGCGUUCUUCUCAGGAACCGUGAACAACAAGAUCGGGCCAAAACGUACGCUGUUACUCGGCACUCUGGGAUAUGCUCUUUAUAUCGGGUCAUACUUGGCGAUCAACAUCCACCCUAAUGCAGGCGCAUUCGUCGAGGCUGCAGGAGCAUUGCUUGGUGUUACGGCUGCUUUCCUCUGGACUGCUCAAGGCUCGUUGAUGCUAAGCUACGCGACAGAGUCGCAGAAGGGUCUCUUCAUCGGCAUUUUCUGGGCGAUUUUCAACAUGGGUGCUGUUGUUGGCUCCUCCGUGUCAUUGGGCCAAAACUUUGAUAGCACUGUACUCGGGAAUGGAACAUACAUUGGGUUCUUGAUUCUCACCCUCAUUGGGGUCACGGUGCCUUUAAUGAUGGCAUCGCCGGAGUCGAUGCUAAGGACCGAUGGUACACGCCCCGUUGUUGAGCGGAAACCUUCAUGGGCGUCUGAGUUCUACAACCUCUGGCUGGCGCUAUGGUCCGAUCCGAUGAUUCUGUUGCUGUUCCCAAUGUUCUUUGCCAGUAACUAUUUCUACACGUGGCAGUUCAACGACUACAAUUCGGCACUGUUCGAUAUCCGAGCCCGUGCUUUGAACAAUCUCGCUUACUGGUUGUCGCAGAUCUUCGGAUCUUUCCUCAUUGGCUACUUCGUGCUGGACCAGAAACGCAUGCGGCGCCGCGUACGCGCGUUCACAGGGUGGGGUAUUCUCGUGGCGCUCACUUUCACGGUGCACAUCUGGGCGUACUUCUACCAGCGGACCUACACGCGAGUUUCGAUCCCCGAUGACGCGCAAAAGAUGGACAUCCACGAUCCUCGAUACCCGGCGCAUGUGUGGCUGAUGAUCUUCUACGGCCUGCUUGACUCGAUGUGGCAGACAUGCGCCAUGUGGCUCAUUGGUGCGAUGAGCAACGACGCCAACAAGCUAGGAGUGUUUUCGGGAUUCUAUCAUUCGAUCCAGUCGGCCGGAGCUGCAAUCGUCUGGAGGCUGGAUGCGAUCGACACCCCAUACAUGAACAUAUUCAUCUCCACUUGGUGCAUAGUGGCUGCGGGUCUAGCAUUCGCGCUGCCCAUGAUUCACCUGCGCGUCAAAGACCACACAACCUUCGAGGAUGAGACUCUGAUGAAGCAGGAUCGGGUCGAACCGGCGAAAGUCGAGAAGCCGAUCGCUGAAGACUGA